AUGUCACAGAUUUUCGAUAAACUCAAGGGCGGCGGCUCGACCUCUGCCGAUGUCGCCAACAAGACCGGUGAUCUUCCCACCGCGGCUACAUACGACAGCGAAGUUGGACGCAUCGAGCAUGCGCGUGAAGCCAAGCGACAAAUCGGUAUCACCACCGCCAUUUUCCUGAUCGUCAACCGCGUCGUUGGUACCGGUAUCUUCGCCACUCCGGGAUCCAUCUUAUCCCUCUCCGGCUCCGUUGGUCUGUCCCUCUUCAUCUGGGUUGCCGGCAUGAUUAUCGCUCUCGCUGGUACCGCUGUCUACCUCGAAUGGGGAACCGCCAUCCCGAAGAACGGUGGAGAGAAGAACUACCUCGAAUACGUCUUCCGCCGCCCUAAAUUCUUGACCACCGGACUGUACACCGGCUAUGUUAUCCUCCUCGGCUGGGCUUCUGGCAACUCCGUCGUCUUCGGCGAGUACAUCCUCCACGCUGCCAACGUUGAGGUCGACCGCUGGAACCAGCGUGGAAUCGGUCUGGCUUGCAUCACCUCGGCCUUUUUGAUCCACGGUCUUGCUCUCAAGUGGGGUCUGCGCCUGCAGAACCUCCUCGGCUCCAUCAAGCUCAUCAUCAUCCUGAUUAUCAUCAUCUGCGGCUUCAUUGCCCUCGGAGGACAUGUCAAGCUCCCCGAAGACCAGAAGCCUAACAACUUCCGCAACGCCUUCGAGGGAACCACUGGCAGCGCUUACGGAGUCGUCACUGCGCUGUACAACGUCAUCUGGAGUUACAUCGGUUACAGCAACGCCAACUACGCCCUCAGCGAGACCAAGAACCCCGUCCGGACGCUCAAGAUUGCCGCGCCCGCCGGUAUCAUCACCAUCUCCAUCCUCUACAUGCUGGUCAACAUCGCCUACUUCGCCGCUGUUCCCAAGCAAGAGAUUCUCGAGGGCGGUCGUCUCGUGGCCGCGUCUCUUUUCCGCAACGUCAUGGGUGGCACCGCUGAGCGUGCUCUUUCGGUCUUCGUCGCUCUGUCUGCCUACGGCAAUGUUCUCAGUGUCAUCUUCUCUCAGGGUCGUCUUGUCCAGGAGCUUGGCCGCGAGGGCAUCCUGCCCUUCUCUCGUUUCUUCGCGAGCAACAAGCCUUUCAACGCCCCCUUGGCUGGUCUUUUCGAGCACUGGCUUAUUUGCGUGAUCACUAUGCUCGCACCUCCUCCUGGCGAUGCUUACAACUUCAUCCUCAACCUCAUCUCAUACCCCCUUGCCGUCAUCAACGUCUUCGUCGCCGGAGGUCUCGCCUACCUGUACCUCAACCGCAAGGAGUGGAACUGGAACCCGCCCAUCAGCGCCUCGCUUCCCGUUGUGGUCUUCUUCAUGCUCAGCAACGUAUACCUCGUUAUUGCUCCCUUCGUCCCUCCCGAAGAGGGCCAGAACGUCUACGAGAGCCUUCCUUACUACCUGCACUGCGUGGUUGGCAUUGCCAUCAUCGCCGCUGGUGGCCUCUACUGGGUCGUCUGGGCCAAGAUCUUGCCCAAGGUUGGCAAGUACGAGCUGGUGCGUGAGGUCGUGGUUGACGAGAUCGACGGCUGGGAGAGAAACGUCUUCUUCAAGAGGCCACUCGGCGAGUCCGUUGCUUCGGAGCAUCGGGCAACCCCUGACGUGCCGAAGUAA